UGGGUUGUCUCUUACUCAAAAUAGAGCUGCAUCAAGUGCUUCAUAGUUUCACAGCAAAUUGGAAAGACAUUUAAGACUUUAUUUCAAAGCAUCACCUAUAGUAAUGGCACCGAUUCUUCUCAACUGUAUGGAGAAUGAACACAAUGACUACAUCAAUAAAAUACUUUCAGACAACAGGUUCAAGUUAAAAAUCCAUAUUUGGACACAAUGGAGGAGGACAUUCUGUACCACUUCAGUUUGAGCACAAAGACUCACAACCUUCCAGAGAUGUUUGGAGAUAUUAAGUUUGUGUGUGUUGGUGGCAGUGCGAAUCGAAUGAAGGCUUUUGCCCAGUUUAUGCACCACGAGCUGAAACUGCCGGGAAUCCCAGAAGAUAUCAAAGAUAUCUGUGAGGGGACGGAUCGCUACUGCAUGUACAAAGUGGGACCAGUGCUUUCCAUAAGUCAUGGUAUGGGUGUCCCUUCCAUCUCCAUCAUGCUGCAUGAGCUCAUUAAGCUGCUUCAUCACGCCCAGUGCCGUGAUGUGGUCUUGUUUCGAUUGGGAACAUCUGGUGGAGUUGGUCUGGCUCCAGGCACGGUGGUGAUCACUGAUAAAGCAGUGGACUACUCUUUCCGUCCCCAGUUUGAACAAGUUGUUCUGGGUAAAGUUAUCACUCGGAGCACUGAGCUGGAUGAAGGAGUUGCCAACGAGCUUCUGCAAUGCUCCUCGUCGCAAAACAUUCCAACCGUCAUUGGAAACACUAUGUGCACCCAUGACUUCUAUGAAGGUCAAGGCAGACUCGAUGGAGCUCUUUGCUCUUUUUCUCAUGAGGAAAAGCUGGAGUAUCUGAGAAAAGCUUACGAGGCUGGAGUGAGGAAUAUCGAGAUGGAAUCCACCGUCUUUGCUGCCAUGUGCAGAGUCUGUGGCCUGAAAGCGGCUGUGGUGUGUGUGGCCUUACUGAACCGCUUCGACGGCGACCAGAUCACCUCCCCUCAUGAUGUUCUGGUGGAGUACCAGCAGAGGCCCCAAGUCCUGGUGUCCCACUUUAUCAAGAAACAUUUGGGACUUGUUGUCUGAACGCUCUGCCCCCCCAAACCCCAGUAAAAAACUAUAUGUAGCUUUGGCUAUCAUGUUGAUAAUGUAUAUACAUACACUGUACCUAAUGUUAAUAGUUAAAUUACAGAAAUAUUUAUGCUUUUUUAUGAUUUAUUUGAUGAAGCUGAAAUAAAUAUUUCACAUUGCUUUUACAGACAUUUAAGUAUGUGUUGCAUAUUUUCAUAUUAAAUGCACUAUUUUUGUAAGGUAAUACAAAUCUUUACAAUAAUGUGUUGUGUAUGCUCAUUUUCAUGUUAAUGUGAACCACUGUAUAUAUGCCACCAAAGCUGACAUGCCUAGAGUAGACUCCAAAAUCUUAUGUUUAGACGAUAAACAUAUUUUGAUUUUGUAUCUGAAUGACUGAAAAUUAAAUAGCACCUUAUUGAAACAAAAGGAAAAAAAAAAAACGUAGGUUUUACUGUAGCUUAGACAGUAGUGAUCUAUGGUUUGAAAUGUAUUUCUUUGUAUUUUUUUUGUUUUUCUUUCUUGUAAUAAAGCAACACAGACAAUAAAUUA